AUGCGUGUUUUAGCUUUCUGUGUGCUUAGGUGCCCGAGCUACUGAGGGUCUAAGUCCGGGCAGCCGAAGAGUGUGGUAGGUAACGGUCGUCAGCGCAAGGGUCAUUUCGUCGCUGGGAAGGGACGGCCCUCGCCCGCGGUGAUGGUGGUUAGCAAGAUGAACAAAGAUGCGCAGAUGAGAGCAGCGAUUAACCAAAAGUUGAUAGAAACUGGAGAAAGAGAACGCCUCAAAGAGUUGCUGAGAGCUAAAUUAAUUGAAUGUGGCUGGAAGGACCAGUUGAAGGCACACUGUAAAGAGGUAAUUAAAGAAAAAGGACUAGAACACGUUACUGUUGAUGACUUGGUGGCUGAAAUCACACCAAAAGGCAGAGCCCUGGUACCUGACAGUGUAAAGAAGGAGCUCCUACAAAGAAUAAGAACAUUCCUUGCUCAGCAUGCCAGCCUUUAAGAUUGAAUUAGAUUGUGUCGUUUUGUGGUUUUAUUUCUGAAAGUAAAACUUGCCAUAAAUUAGGAAUCGAUUUCCCAAAAUAAAAUCCUUUUUUGUAUGAUGGUAAUGAUGUAUACAUUGUAUUGAUUUUUUUCCCUAAAUGUGUUAUUUUAAUAAAUAUCUCAUGAAUGAGUUUGAAGUUUCCUUGGAUUUGCGAAUAAAAGGGACUUUAUUAAUACUUCACCAGAUUUGUUGAAAGAAAAAGUCAGCAAGUAAUACACUUUAAAUGUUAAGUAUGUGCAUAUAUCUGUUAACAAGUGAAGAGAAGUAAGCAGGCUCUUGUUUUCUGGAUAUGGUAUAUUCCUCUUUUGGAUCUCUAUGGUAUUUUAUAAUACAUGUCCCAUCUUGUACUACAGAUGUCUUAUUUCUGAUUUGUUAUAAAUGCUGAGGGUUGGGACUGGGUCUUAAUCAUCUUUAUGUGCCUUCCUUAUUCCUCAAAGAACUUACCAUCCUUUUGGAAGAGAAAACACUUGCAAACUGGCUCCACACCAUGCUCCUCUCACAUACUCUACUCAUCUGAACUUUGAGAGCAGAAACUCUAAAUUGCAUCCCCACAUACUAAGGUCAAGAAAGAACUUACUGGGAAAUAAUCUCCACCUGUAGCUUUACUCUGACAUCAAGAUUGCCAAAUCCAAUGGACUCUUGUCUAUUCUUAUGUGACCUCUGCUGGAAUGAGAAUGUUGACCAUCCUGCCACUUGGACCUUUCUUCCCACUCCUCACAUUGUGUAUUCCUACACUGGAAGUUCCUACUGUUUCUUGUGGAUACCUUUUGCUGUAUGGGACUUUAAAAAAUGGCGUGUUUUAGUGCUCCCUCCUGGGCCCUCUGCUUGACUAAUGAUAUACUUUUCCUGGGCAAAUUCCAGGACACUUGGGUUGGACUAUGGCUUCAAAUAUAAACUUGUUGAUAAAUGGUAAAUUGUAUCUCCAAACCAGACUUCAACCCAGCCUCCAGACCCGGGUACCCAACUGCUGUGGAUCAGCUUUCUUGGAUGUUCCAUAAACACCUUAAACUGA